AUGUCAAGUAUAGAUAAUAAUAAUAGUAUAUCAUUUCAAGAUGUAAUCAACGUACAAUACAUUAGAAAUGCGAUAUUCAAUCAAGUUCAUAACUUGAAUCGUUUGAUUGAGAGUGGUGCUGGUGCUGGUGCUGAUGAUAAUACAAAUACAUCAUCAUUAAAAGGAAGUGAUAUUAUCAAGUUACCUAAUAAUAUAUCAAGGUAUGGUAUGUCAUGGGACUUUAUCAAACAUUAUCUACCAUCAUCACCAUCAGCUGAUGUUGAAGGAGAAGAAGAAGAGGAGGAGGAGGAGGAGAUAUCAGAGGCCAUUUUCAGAUAUUGUCUUCAUCGUAAUGCUACCCUUGCCACUCUUGAACAACUUAUCGAUAAAUUGGUACCCAACUUUGAUUCCACCUCUCAUGAUGAACUAGCAGAACAAGUUGCAUCAAAUGGGAAUAAAGAUAUAUUGGGAUAUGCAUCAAGUGGAGGACAUUUAGAUAUAAUCAAGUUUCUACAUGAAUAUAGAAGUGAAGGUACAACAACCAAUGCUAUUGAUAAUGCAGCCAAUGCGGGUUUAUUGAUGUUAACAGAGGGUGCUACCACUGAUGCUAUAGAUUUUGCCUCAGAUGAGAUGGGAUUCAUAGAAAUUGUAAAGUUCCUUUAUGAAAACAGAACUAAAGGUGCAACUACCAAUGCCAUACAAAAUGCAUUAUCCAACAACCAUUUGGAAAUUGUAAAGUAUCUUCAAGAGAAAGAAGAAGAAGAGAAACUGGUCGCUCAAAAUAAUCUAUAA